CCCACCCCGGCGUUUUUUCGCCAGAUUCAAUCGACUCUCCUAUCCCACAACUGCGGCGAUCAGGGCCGGCAGAUUGGGGGUGGCCGCCCCGCCGGCCGAGCACGGAUCCACCACAUCAACCAUCCCCACGAGCACUCCGCUCUAUUCCCCCACCCCCCUGAUUGCAGCGACCGGCGACGGAGGAUUGGAGGAGGCCGCCCGACCGGCCGAGCUCCGAUCCGCUGCAUCAACCGGCACCAGCGGAUUUGAGGAGGCCGCCCACCCUGCUCUCUUUCUCCACCGAUUGGAGCAACCGGCGACGGCUCACUGUAAUUUUCUCAUCCCGCCCUCCUCAUACCCCAAGCUCUAGACGUAAGGGAUCAUCAGGGAAGGGAUUUGGGGGAUAAAAGCACACACGGGCGUGAGAUUUCUUUACAUGUCUGAACACAGCGCAUGUGGCAAAUCCAGUAACUCUGUAAGAUUUAGUUGGUCUUUGUUUAGUUGUUUGUGAGAUUUCCUGUAAUACAACGACUCUGCACUUGUUGAUAAAGACUGAGUCUAUAGUUGUUCUUGUUUGCCCGACCGGCCGAGCUUGGAUCCGCUGCAUCAACCGGUGACAUCUGAUUGGAGGAGGCCGCCCACCCGGCUCUCUUUCUCCACCGAUUGGAGCGACCGGCGACGGCUCACCCUUUAGUUACUAACAUCAUGCCACCAGUUCUGGAGAGUGAUAUGCAUAGCAGGGAAUAUCUUGCGGAACAGAAACGCAAGGGUGAGGCGUAUUUGAAGGAAAGAGAUGCAAGGAUUGCGGAACGCAAGGCUGCGGAGCGGCAGUCUCUUAAAGACAUACAAAGCUUAGCUCGUAGCCUUGUAUACCCUAGUGCCUCUAAUGCGCAACCGACACAAAAUACACGAGGUGCUGAUGAUCGCAGUGACUCCGAGUAUGAACCAGAUGCUGAAGAGGAGGCCCAUGCAGAGGAAGAGGAUUUGAGAGAUGAAGAGAAGGUCGCUGUUGCCAAGUCCAAAGCAAUGGCACCUGAAGGUUCUACCAUGCCAAAAACGAAAAAGCGUGUCAGAUCCAAAAAUAGUGCAGCUGCUACCUCAAGAAUAACAAGAUCUAGAGCUACCGCAACAACUCAGUCAAUUCAAGCUACAAACCAUCAAGAACAGUCUGCACCAAAUCCAACAAACACAUCACCUCACCUAACUUCUAAGGAUAGCAACUCGCUUGACGCUGAUUCAGGGGUACAAGGUUCUCAAGACAUGAUAGGCACAUCUGGACAAUCAGAUAACAUGAUUACAUUACAAGGCCAAGCUUGUAAUGUAGAUGCAUUAGCAUGCUCCACUGGUCCAACUGAUCCACGACCGUCAAGGAGAGGUCGUGGACGUAGACCAACCAUGGGGCAUGGGCAUCAGGAGUAUGCAAGCAGAAAUGGAGGGAGGAAAAUGCGUAUUGAUUUUACAGCGGGGAAAGUGAGACCUACAGACCCAGUCCAAGCAGCAAAGCUUUCUUCUGAGUGUGGUAUCCACAUCAGGAGCAGAAUGCAUGUUGCUAGGCACUGGAAUGACUAUGCCAAAAGCCCACUCAAACAUGUUAUUCCCCAUGCUAUUAAAGAUAUCGCGCUUAACUUUGAGAUGGAAAAGGAUGACAAGGUUGGGAAUGAUGUAUGCACAAAAGUAAUCCAGAAGGGUGUUCGACAACAACGCUACAGGCUAAAGAAGAAAUACUUCAAUGGUUAUACUGCUCAGGAAGCAUUAUCAAAUAAGCCAGCGAACAUUACUCAUGAGAAUUGGACCAGCCUUGUCAAUAAGUCCGAUGAGAGAAACAAGAAAAUAUGUCAAAUGAACAAGGAAAACCGAGAAGCUGUCAAGCAUCACCAAAAGACUGGAUCUAUGUCUUAUGUUGCCUAUUUCAGCAAACUUAAAAAAGACAAGUACAAUAAUCAGGACCCAAGUCCUAUUGAGUUUUUCAAAGACACCCAUACAAACAGCAAGACUGGUAGCAUGAGCGAGCCGGCACUUCUAGCUCAUAAUGCGAUGGAAAAAAAAGAGAAACACAAUCAGAAGGUGAGCAGCCAGUAUUCGAUACAGCGAUUGUGGCUGAAGUUCUAAAGGAAGAAAGCGCCCAUAGCACCUUCCUUUCCAGCAUGGGGUAUGCAUCAAGAUCCAGGAGGUCCGGGAGCUCUACUUCAUCAGCCCAGAUUCGAGUUUUAGAAGAAAGGAUAGAGAGGCAAAAGAUGCAAAUGACAGGCAUCGGGAGGAGUUAGCCACGAGACUUCAAGCACAAGAGAGAGCAUUUCAAGAGAUACAAAAGAAGCAACAAGAAGAAUUGGAAGCUCUAAAGAAGAGCCAGCAAGAGAAGAAUGAAGCCUGGGCAAAGAAGCAAAAGGAGACGGAUAAUCUGCUUGAUUUUCUCUUGAGGGCUCAAGCAACUCAGCAAGCAACUCAGCAGUCCCAGUGCAAACCAGAUGGUUCAUGAAUGCCAUCCUUACAUUGGAAUCAUCAGGAGAACAUAUGUGGUCUUUAGUUAAUAUUAGUUUUCAUCUUGUCUAUUGUCUGUGUCAAACUUGAGUCAGUUUUUUACUGUCAUUUUUGUUUACAGAAUGAUUUGGCUGGGACAAUUUCAUAUAUAAUAUGAUUUGAUUUUCAUAUCAA